CCAGUGAAAGAGUGUUAAGACAUUGGCCUGGGACACAUUGAGAACCAGGGCCAAGAUUGUAUAGGGCUAUCUAUAUAACUGGUCUUCAACCAUGACUGGGGCUAAGAAUGAGAGUAGAAACAAAGCCAAAACUCAAAAAAGGGCUGGUAUACAAGCUGAAGCAAAGAGGGAGUCUACUGCCAUAGUCAGACCUGUAUCCAAGACCCAGGACAAAGCACUAGCCAAGGCAGGGUCUCAAGCUGAUGCAGCGGCAGUGGCGAAAGCAAGGUCUAAGAACAGGAUUGUUACUGAGAUAAGGGAAAGAGCCCUGGCAGAUUUCAGUCCCAAAGCUGAAGAUGAGGCCACUAGAGUAUCUGGGAUGUCUUCUGUGUCUGAGGCUACUGCUGAGUCCAGGUCCAUAUGUAAAGAUAAGGCUGGUGUUGAUACCUGGUUUUGGGCUGGGGAAGAGGCCAAUGUUGGUUCCUGGUUUUGGAAUGGAGAAGAGGCUAGUAAUCGUUCCAGUGCUAAGGAUGAAGGUAAAGCUGGUAUUGGUCCCCCAUCCUGUGCUGAAAAGUUAGAGCCUGUGGCUGGGGCCGGCUGCAGAGCUAGGCCAGGGACUGAGGAGGAGGAGGAAGAAAAUGUUAUUGGGAACUGGUUUUGGGAUGGAGAUGAAACUAGUUUUGAUCCUAAUCCUAGACCUGUGAGUAGGAUAGUUAGGCCCCAGCCUGUGGAUGAAAUUAAUGAAAAAAAUAGGCCCAAGGACUGGUCUGAGGUAACUAUCUGGCCCAAAGCCCCUGCUGUAACUCCAGCAGUGUUAGGAUUUAGAUCCCAAGUCCCAUUUGAGACAAAGCCUCCUUCAUAUAUUGUCCUGGCCUCAGCUGAGGAAAACACCCAUUCUUUGCCUGUGGCAACAACAUGCCCUUCUAGGAGCACUACUUCAUGUUCACAGCCUGUCCCUGAGUACCCAUUUGGUUCUGACCCUUGCAUCCAGACUAUAGAGGAGAUUAGACGCCAAAUCAGGAUCAGGGAAGUGAAUGGGAUUAAGCCAUUUGCUUGCCCUUGCAAAAUGGAAUGCUACAUGGAUUCUGAGGAAUUUGAAAAACUUGUUACCUUACUUAAGUCAACUACUGAUCCUCUCAUUCAUAAAAUAGCUCAAAUUGCAAUGGGGAUCACUAAUGUUCAUCCCUUUGCCCAAGAGUUUAUUAAUGAGGUGGGUGUAGUGACGCUUAUUGAAAGCUUGCUCAGUUUUCCUUCCUCUGAAAUCAGAAAAAAGGCCGUAAUUACUCUGAAUCCUCCCUCUGGGGAUGAGAGACAACGCAAGAUUGAAUUACACGUUAAGCAUAUGUGUAAGGAAACCAUGUCUUUCCCCUUGAACUCACCUGGACAACAAUCUGGAUUAAAGAUACUAGGGCAACUGACUGCUGAUUCUAACCAUCACCACAUUGUUGCCAAUUACUUUUCAGAGCUUUUCCACUUGCUAUCCCUGGGAAAUCGUAAAACCAGAAAUCUUGUUUUAAAAGUACUUUUGAAUAUGUCUGAAAAUCCAGCUGCAGCCAGAGACAUGAUCAAUACAAAGGCCUUAGCAGCAUUAAAACUCAUCUUUAACCAGAAAGAGGCAAAAGCCAAUCUCGUUAGUGCUGUGGCCAUAUUUAUUAACAUAAAGGAGCAUAUCAGAAAGGGUUCAAUUGUAGUUGUUGAUCACAUGAGUUACAAUACACUGAUGGCCAUUUUCCGUGAAGUUAAAGUAAUUAUUGAAACAAUGUAAAAUGAGGCAGAAAUAAAAGUGAAUGCUUUGAACAAUCUAAUAGGCUGUGUAUUCCUAAAGAGCCUUGCAUAAUGUUUUGAUUAUUACAGUGUAUAUGUUAUAAAUCACAUCUGUAAUGUGACAUGACCUGCAAUAGUCUCUAGGUUUGAGCUAGACCAUUUUUGAGAU